UUCAGCCACACAGAGAUGGAACAUGAAGUGGCCUGCUUGGACAUCACCCCACUGGGGGACGGCAAUGGGCUGUCCCCUCUUUGUGCCAUUGGCCUCUGGACAGACAUCUCGGCGCGUAUCUUGAAGCUGCCCUCUUUUGAGCUACUGCACAAAGAGAUGCUGGGUGGAGAGAUCAUUCCUCGUUCCAUCCUGAUGACCACUUUUGAGAGUAGCCACUACCUCCUUUGUGCCUUGGGAGAUGGGGUGCUUUUCUACUUCAGGCUCAACAUUGAGACAGGCCUGUUGAGCGACCGUAAGAAGGUGACUCUGGGCACCCAGCCCACGGUAUUGAGGACUUUCCGUUCUCUUUCUACUACCAACGUCUUUGCUUGCUCUGACCGCCCCACUGUCAUCUACAGCAGCAACCACAAAUUGGUCUUCUCCAAUGUCAACCUCAAGGAAGUCAACUACAUGUGUCCCCUCAACUCUGAUGGCUAUCCUGACAGCCUGGCACUGGCCAACAACAGCACCCUCACCAUUGGCACCAUCGAUGAGAUCCAGAAGCUGCACAUCCGCACAGUUCCCCUCUACAAGUCUCCCAGGAAGAUCUGCUAUCAGGAAGUGUCCCAGUGCUUCAGGGUCCUCUCCAGCCGGAUCGAAGUCCAGGACACAAGUGGCGGCACAACGGCCCUGAGGCCCAGUGCCAGCACCCAGGCCCUGUCCAGCAGCGUCAGCUCCAGCAAGCUGUUCUCCAGCAGCACGGCACCGCACGAGACCUCCUUUGGAGAAGAGGUGGAGGUGCACAAUCUCCUCAUCAUCGACCAGCACACCUUCGAAGUGCUUCAUGCCCACCAGUUCCUGCAGAAUGAGUAUGCCCUCAGCCUGGUCUCCUGCAAGCUGGGCAAAGACCCCAACACGUACUUCAUCGUGGGCACGGCCAUGGUGUAUCCUGAAGAGGCGGAGCCCAAGCAGGGUCGAAUCGUGGUCUUUCAGUAUUCUGACGGAAAACUACAGACCGUGGCCGAGAAGGAAGUGAAAGGAGCCGUGUACUCCAUGGUGGAAUUCAACGGCAAGCUGUUAGCCAGCAUCAACAGCACGGUGCGGCUUUAUGAGUGGACAACAGAAAAGGAGCUUCGUACUGAGUGCAAUCACUACAACAACAUCAUGGCCCUCUACCUGAAGACCAAGGGCGACUUCAUCCUGGUGGGCGACCUGAUGCGCUCAGUGCUGCUGCUUGCCUACAAGCCCAUGGAGGGGAACUUUGAAGAGAUUGCUCGAGACUUUAAUCCUAACUGGAUGAGUGCUGUGGAAAUCUUGGAUGAUGACAAUUUCCUGGGGGCUGAAAAUGCCUUUAACUUGUUUGUGUGUCAGAAGGAUAGCGCUGCCACCACUGACGAGGAGCGGCAACACCUCCAGGAAGUUGGUCUCUUCCACCUGGGCGAGUUCGUCAACGUCUUUUGCCAUGGCUCCCUGGUCACGCAGAAUCUGGGCGAGACGUCCACCCCCAUGCAGGGCUCGGUGCUCUUUGGCACAGUCAACGGCAUGAUCGGGCUGGUGACCUCGCUGUCAGGGAGCUGGUACAACCUCCUGCUGGACAUGCAGAAUCAGCUCAAUAAAGUCAUCAAGAGUGUGGGCAAGAUUGAGCACUCCUUCUGGAGAUCUUUUCAUACUGAGCGAAAGACAGAACCAGCCAUGGGCUUCAUCGAUGGAGACUUGAUCGAGAGUUUCCUGGACAUCAGCCGGCCCAAGAUGCAGGAGGUUGUGGCAAACCUACAGUAUGAUGAUGGCAGCGGGAUGAAGCGAGAGGCCACAGCAGAUGACCUGAUCAAGGUUGUGGAGGAGCUGACGCGGAUCCAUUAGCCCAGGGCUGGUAGCCCCUUUCCCAGGCCCUCCCCGAAGGCUUUGCUCUCCUGCCCUGCUCCCCUCCCCCACCAUUGUCUUCUCGGCUGUGGGAAGCCUUUCCCUAAGCUAGCUGUCCCAGAAGCCACAGUCUAUCUGUGUGGAAAUGGGGAUUUCUUUGAACUAAAACCAGUUCACUGGAGACCUGGGAAUGGGGUGAAGGUGGAAUAUUUUCUCCCUGGAUUUUUACCAGUCCCAGAGGAUUCCAACCAUCACUUUGGACACCAAGCCUUGAUUGGUGUUGCCAGUUGUCCUCCUUCCAGGGAGGGAUUUUGCAGCUCUUGGGCUGAAAGGAAGCUCUGUGUGUGUGCUGUGCUGUGUGUGUGUGUGCGUGCGUGCGUGCGUCUCUCACACUCAUGCGUUGUCCUCUGCUAUCUUUUUAUUUAGGUUGAGGGUGCGGGGAUGCUGUGGGUAGGGGGGAAGAGGGGCGGGAUGGGUUCAUUGUCUCUGAAGUGAGAGCUUCCUUUUGCUUUCUCUGUUGCCUGAGAGCUUUGGGUCUGGAGGCCUGACCACCAGGCCAUGAGCUGCCCGAGUCUGAAACCUGGAGAUGGUGGGUGAUACCCAAGCCGCCAUAGCCUUUUUGUCUCUGGGGAGCUGCCUCCUUCAGAGGGAAGGAGUUGGGGACCGUGAAUUGGUUGUUAGUUUCUGAGUUUUACCAAAUAAAGUAGAAUCUAAGAAGAAA